AUGGGCGGGGAAGAAGUUAAGGUACCGGUGCCAGAGUCUGUGUUGAAAAAGCAAAAAAGGAAUGAGGAAUGGGCUUUGGCUAAGAAGGAAGAGAAGCUAGCGCUAAAGAAGAAGAAUGUUGAAAAUCGCAAGUUGAUUUUCAAUAGGGCUAAGCAGUAUGCCAAGCAGUAUGAUGAGGAGCAAAAAGAGCUUAUUAGGCUUAAGCGUGAAGCUAGACUCAAGGGAGGUUUCUAUGUCAGCCCAGAACCUAAGCUGUUGUUUAUCAUCAGGAUCCGUGGUAUCAAUGCCAUGCACCCUAAGACAAGAUCGAUCUUGCAGCUUCUGCGUUUGAGACAGAUAUUUAAUGGUGUAUUCCUGAAAGUAAACAAAGCAACCGUGAAUAUGCUUCACAGGGUUGAGCCUUAUGUGACUUUUGGGUAUCCUAAUUUAAAGAGUGUCAAGGAAUUGAUCUACAAGAGGGGUUUUGGGAAACUAAACCAACAGAGGAUUCCAUUGACUGACAAUUCAAUUGUUGAACAGGGCUUGGGCAAGUACGGCAUCAUCUGCAUGGAAGAUCUCAUCCAUGAAAUUUUGACCGUUGGACCCCAUUUCAAGGAGGCAAACAACUUCCUGUGGCCUUUCCAGCUCAAGGCACCCCUUGGAGGUAUGAAGAAAAAGAGAAACCAUUAUGUUGAAGGAGGUGAUGCUGGAAAUCGUGAAGACUACAUCAAUGAGUUAAUCAGGAGGAUGAACUAG